CAGGAUCCCAAUUUGUAUCCACUUUUUUUUCACCGUGUCUUGAUGGUUAAAAAAGUGGGUCAUCCCCGGAAGAAGCGCGAACGGCACACGCCUUCCAAUGAGAAGGUGUUGGGUAUUAAGGAUGUUCUCAUCGUACCUGCACGCUUAUUAUUGGAUCCAGCCUACUUCAACAUCCUGGCGAUGUUGUUAUUGCUGGGCGAAUCUAUCCUCAAUCUGCUAGUCAUCAACAAGGUAUCUUAUACUGAGAUCGAUUGGAUUGCUUAUAUGCAAGAAGUCAAAGGAUUUAUCGAAGGAGAACGCGAUUACUCUCAAUUACGCGGUGACACUGGACCACUAGUAUAUCCGGCUGGAUUCGUGUACAUCUAUUCCGCGCUCUAUUACCUUACGAACAAAGGAACCAACAUACGCGGCGCACAGUAUCUCUUUGGUCUUCUUUAUAUUUCCACUCAAGCCUUAGUAUUCACUAUCUAUAAACAAUCAAAAAAGAUUCCUCCGUAUACCAUCGUGUUGCUGUGUAUUUCCAAGCGAUUACACUCCAUCUACGUCUUACGUUGUUUUAACGAUCCAGUGGCGAUGUUUUUCAUUUAUGCUUGUAUCCUUGCGAUGAUUUACAAGAGAUGGACACUCAGUAGCGUUCUCUACAGCUUGGGUAUCUCCAUCAAGAUGAAUGGUCUUCUUUUCUUUCCAGCAUUCGGCAUUAUAUUGUGGAAAUCGCUUGGUGCUUACAAGGCCAUUGGUCACCUAUUUCUCAUGGCAGCGAUACAGAUCGGCUUGGGAUAUCCGUUUGUGUCCACAUAUCCCGAAUCCUAUCUCUCGCGAGCGUUUGAUUUCAACCGCGUGUUUGACUAUCAAUGGACAGUCAAUUGGCGUAUGAUUGACGAGAAAUACUUUGUAUCGACUGAAUUCGCAAAACUGUUACUGGCGGGCCAUGUCUUUGUACUGCUUCUCUACAUCAAUUUUAUCUGGUGCAAAAAAGAAGGAAGUAUGAUGGAUGCCUUCUUGCGCGGUUUCCAGACGGUCGGACCGUCUUUGACGGCAGACGAGAUUAUUACCAUGAUGUUUACGAGUAAUCUUAUUGGUAUCACCUUUGCACGUUCGCUUCAUUACCAGUUUUAUUCCUGGUAUUAUCAUACAAUACCUUACUUACUUUGGCAAUGCAAGUGGUUAACGACCGGCCGUGUGAAUUUUCUUCUGCAUAUGAGGAUUUUCGUUUUGGCAACCAUCGAAGCGUGUUGGUUGACUUUCCCCUCCACCGACAAAAGUUCAUGGACUUUACUGGCGUGCCAUGUUAUUGUUCUUGUGGGAUUGUACGGUACAGAUAUCGGAGAGACCUAUCACCCACCGCGAUCGAUCAUAGCUUCCCAGACGGCCUCCUGAUACUAUUUUGCAUACAAAUCUGGACUAUAUUUUAUUUCACAUCGCUAGCCUUAUUCACUCGUGUGUUAGUAUAGGGUAGCAACAAAUAUGAAGUUGCUUUUCAUUAAAACAGUCUUGCAGGAU